AUGGCUCAAGGACGAAUGAAAGGUGUCUACAAAGAUGGAUAUGUGUCCUAUUUUGGCAUUCCUUACGCGACUAUCAAUUCACCAGCAUCUAAAUUUAAGGUGAGUCCUAAGUUCCUGCUUGCUAUUUGUAAAUUUUCGCAGAGCGCUGGUCUGGCACCAAUUUGGUCGGGAGUACGAAAGUCUGAACAACGUCACUGUACCAUGUUUUCUCCGGCGGAAGACUGCCUUCAUCUGGACGUUCAUACACCCUCAGCUGGGGACUUCCCAUGGCCCAUUCUGGUUUGGGUAAAAGGAAGCAGCGGCCAGUAUAACCCAGAGAAACUGGUGAAGCAAGGAAUCAUCGUCGUCGUUGUUAGUCAUAGAAUGGGCCCUGUAGGAUUUCUAUGCUUGAAAGACGAGAAGGUUCCAGGUAACGCUGGGGCCAAGGAUGUGGUUUUAGCUUUGAGGUGGGUACGAGACAACAUUGUGGCAUUCAAAGGCAACCCUCACAGAGUAGUGGUUGCUGGACAAGGUUUUGGAGCGGCCAUGGUGGAAGCAGUGAUGAUGUCCACCACAGGUGACGGUUUGUACCAUGGAGCCAUACUUCAAAGUGGUAGCAUUUUGAGUCCUUUGGCAUUCAAUCAUGAUGCAACAGUCAGAGCCGAGGCUCUUGCAACAAUGAUUUCGGAUGAUGAUGAUCAUACAAUGACUCUGCUGAAUGCUACAGUUGAAGAAUUAGCAUCAAAAUCAGAGAACAUUGAUAAGCCUUAUUUUCCUUUUGGUUUGUGUACUGAAAACUAUUUCAAAUAUGAGGAUAUAUUAAUAAGUGAUCAUCCUUACGAAUUGAUGAAGAAGAAAAGAGGGAUAGUGCCUAUGAUGCUUGGGUAUAACAGUGAUGAAGCUUACUUAUUCGCAACGGCACUAAAGCAGUUCAAAGUGCCAAAAAGAUUAUCUGGUGACAUAUCAUUUUUACUACCCGAAGAGCUGAAGUUUAUGAAUGAGGGAGAAAUCAGACAUGUGUCCAGACAGAUUCAAGACGUCUAUUUCAAACAUAAUACCACAUUAGCUGCUGCUCUGGCUUAUCACCGGGAUGCGUACUUCGUCAGUCAUGUGUACCGCAGCGUCCGUCAUCACUCCAGCGCCAACCGUCACCCUGUAUACUUCUACCAGUUCUCGCAUGUUGGUGACCUCGGCGUGACCCCCGAGCCAGGGGUCAACAAAACCGGGGCCGCUUUCUCAGACGAACUGGCGUAUUUGUUCCCCGCGGUGGGGCAGGAAUUGGAGGGACCCGACAGGGUGGUGCAAGAGAAUCUGAUACGGAUCUGGACGAAUUUCGUGAAACAUUUAAACCCAUCUUCGAAUGGUAUUCGUUCACCCUGGCUGCCAGUUGAACCAUCCGCCCCUCGUCUGCUGGACAUCAAUCACGAGCUGAAGAUGGAGGCUUUCCCUCACACGAAGGAGGCUCAUUUGUGGAAUGACAUCUACGAGAAAUACUAUUACAAUAGAAACCGCGCCGAUGCUGCUUAG